ACUACUACUAAUACUAUACCAAAGCCUCAGACAUGAACUGCACGAUAACGUGGGGUUAAUGAAAAGCACAGGGCGGCCCUUUACUCUGCCGGGAGGAGUCUCCGAAAGCCCGCGCCACCAUUGGCCCCGUGCGGCCGCUGCUCUCCCCGCGGGGAGCCUCCGGAGGGGCUGUCACGUGCGGACAAGCAAAAGUCGACGCCAGGCACCUGCGCGGGUCGUCGUAUUUGUUCCCGCAAACCAUGACGAGCACGCAUUCGGGCAAAGGGGAAAAUGAGGAGGAGUUUGUGGAUGUGUUGGAGGAGCUGAUGCGCAGCGGUGAUCUUGGCCAUGCCUUCAGGACCUUCAGCCCCAGCCCUUACGAUGGAGGUCCGCCCUGCUCUGCGGCCGACCUCCCCAAAGCCGUGCUGGAGUCCCAGUAUCUCCGCUACGUGGUCCAGGAGAUCGCCACGGAGAAGGGGUCAUCACUGGAGGAGGUGAGAGAGGAGGCCUCUGUGAUUUUGGAGGAAAUGUCUCAGAAGCUGCAGAUGGGGUUCAUCAGGCUGAUGGCCUACAUACUCUCCAAGGUGUUUAAGAGAAUCUUCACCGGCAUCUACGUCAACACGGAAGGACUCAACGCGCUCAAACAAGCCAUUCAGGAGGGUCCCGUGAUAGUGCUGCCCAAUCACAGGAGCUAUUUGGACUUCCUGGUUAUCUCCUACGUCAUGUUCACCUACGACAUCCCAGUGCCUGUAAUUGCUGCAGGAAUGGAUCUUUCAAAGAUGAAGGUGGUCGGAGAGAUAAUCAGUCGCUCGGGAGCUUUCUUUAUCCGACGUACCAUCGGCUCAGACAAACUGUACUGGGCAGUGCUGUCAGAAUAUGUCAAAACUAUUGUCAAAACAGGAUUCGCACCUUUGGAGUUUUUUGUGGAAGGCCUGCGAAGUCGCUCGCUGAAGUCCCUGAUGCCAAAGUUCGGUAUGAUGCACAUGGUGCUGGAGCCCUUCUUUAAAGGUGAGGUGUAUGACAUCAAAUUGGUCCCAAUCAGCCUCAGCUACGACCGGGUGAUGGAGGAGUCGCUGCUCGCCCAAGAGUUACUGGGUAUCCCUAAACCCAAAGAAAGCACCACGGGUCUGCUAAAGGCAAGAAAAGUGCUCCAGGAAGAUUACGGCACCAUGCACGUGAACUUUGGCCGUCCCUUGUCAGUCCGACAUUUGUGUCGGGGCAAGAUAAACCGCAGCCAGUACAACCUCAUACCCAGAGAUCUUCCUCAGAAGCCCAGUGGAGAGGUUCAGGCCUGUGUGAGCUGGCUGGCUCAUCUGAUGGUACGGACCCAAGAGGAGGGCGCCCUGAUCAGCCCUUGGUCUCUGAUGGCCUGCCUGUUGCUGCAGGCUCCCGUGUUAACAGAGGACGGCCUGCCGUGGCAUCAGCUGGCAGAAAAAACCCUGUGGCUGAGGAAGCUGUUGCUGGACUUCGGGGGUCACUUGAACUGGCCAGGAAAAGUCCCCGACCAGGAUGUGAUGUCAUCCGCCGCAGCUCUUCAUCACUCCCUGGUUCGCCUUCAAGCAGGGCGGGUGUAUCUGGUUCAGGAGGAAGAGGGCGAGAGGGAAGAUCCGAGGCGCCCAGAGGACGACGUGAUCAAGGCCGCCGUGCCGAUGCUGAUGCUGGCUUCUUACAGAAACCAGUGCCUGCAUGUUUUUGUGCGGCCUGCCCUGCUCGCAACAGCCAUACACGUCACAAAGAGCGUGCAGAGAGACGAGCUCUUUGCCUUCUUUUGCUUCCUACGGGACCUCUUCGGCAACGAAUUCAUCUUCAUCCCCGGGCAGUCGUCUCAGGACUUUGAGGAGGCCUGUGCCCUCCUGAGGAAAUGUGGAGCAGUCCACACCAGUGAACAGGAAGUGACGGUGUCAAACGUGGGGCUGGAGGUGCUCUCCUUCCUGCAGGACCUUCUACAGCCCUUCAUAGACUCUUAUCAGGUGAUGGUUGUGUACCUCUGUAAAGACGGCGUUCAUGUGAUCUCAGAGAAACAGUUCCUACCUGCUGCGCGAAACCUGGCUACAAAGCUCAUCCUCUCAGAUAAGCUUCACACCUAUGAAGCCCUUUCAUCUGACAUGCAGAAGAACGUUUUCUCGGCACUCCGAAGGAUGGAGACCUUGACGAAGUUUACGGCGUCUGAGCUGAAUGAAUACAGAGUGAACAAAGCAGCUGUUGGACAAAUCAGUGACAUACUUUGCGGUAAAAUCCCUCCCCAGAUCCUCCAGACUACACCUGACGCAAAACUUUAGCCGCCGUUGGAACAGAUCCAUCUUCAGUGCCAGCUUACCCUCCGGUUUACCCCCACUUGACCCUUCACACCACUCCUCUCCUCCGUGCCUUCCCACUCUGCAUCCUCGAUCCCACCGCCUGGCCUUAAUCUGCCAGCGUUCCACUUGAACGUUUGCUACCUCCCCCACUCUGUCCUUUUCAUUCUGUCCUGGUGCUGAAACCACAAAGGUGGUAUUGCAGAAUGUGUUAAAAAAGAUGUUUGUAAUCAGUCAGAUGAUGAAGAAAGACUCACAGUAUGAAUGAUUGAUGCCCUGGUGAUGUCUCAGUGUUAACAUUUGGAACUACAACUGUAUUUUUUAUGCAUUCAAGGCUGACAUUACUAAAUGAGCACAAUGAACAACACGGUACUAACAAAGACACUUGAAUGCUGGCACAGUAAGUGCCACAAGAUCGUGAACGCUCACGAUUGUCUUUAUACUGAAUCAAAUAUAAAGAAAUAAGACGUUUGUUUAAGACAUUUAUUUUAACUUUGUUACACCUCAAUAAAUGUAAAACAAAUGUAACAAAA